AUGGCACGUCAAUAUUCCAUUCAUAGAAGCGAUAAAGCAGAUGUCGUUGUAUGCGAAAUUUUUAAAGGACAUUGUCUCAAAGAAGAGAAGCAUGGGAGAUUCGCCACGGUGGCUUUGACACAAGAAUCCAAUACUAUAAUCCCACCAAAGAUGUGCGACCCAGGUAGUUUCACAAUACCGUGCUCAAUAGGAGGAAUCUCUAUUGGUCAAGCAUUAUGCGAUCUUAGGACAAGCAUAAACUUAAUUCCCCUUUCAAUCUUCAAAAGAUUGAAUAUAUGGCAACUAACACCCAUAAUGGUGACUCCUCAACUCGCUAAUAGAUCCUUGGUGCACCCUGAAGGGAAACUAAAGGAUGUCUUGGUUACAAUGGACAGAUUCAUUCUACCUGCAGACUUCAUUGUCUUAGAUUAUGAGAUGGAUAAAUAUGUUCCAAUCAUAUUGGGACGACCAUUCAUGUCUACUGGUCGUGCUCAGAUAGAUGUGUACAAGGGAGAAAUCACAAUGAGUAGCAACGAAAAGAAGCUCAGGUUCAAUAUUAUCAAGGCAAUGAAGUUCCCAGAUGAGGAAGGCUUAUCAAAUUCUGAUGAUGAACACACUUGCACUGGAAAUUGGGAGUCCGAGGAAGAGAAUGAAGAAAUAGAGGAUGCGACAACAUCCAUAGAGACUUGCCAUGCGAUAAUAGAGAUAUUGAAGAAUGAGGAAAUGCUAAAUUUGGAUGAAAAAAGAAAAGCACAGAAGCCCUCGUUAGAGCAACCACCUACACUAGAACCAAAAACUCUACCAACCUACUUGAAGUACGUAUUUCUCGGCCAGAAUGAAACCUUACCAGUUAUCAUAUCCUCUGCAUUACUUGAAGGAAAAAAAAACUACGCUGCUCAGUGUUCUAAAGAAAUAUAUUAG